AUGGUUCACGAGACGCGGCCCGAGCUGCACCACCCCCCCGCUCCGCACCACGAGAACGCGGCGUGGAAGGGGUUCGUGGAGGGCGGCGUCGCGUCCAUGAUCGCCGGCGUCGCCACGCAUCCGCUGGACCUCCUCAAAGUUCGCAUGCAGCUUUUAGGCGAAGGUUCCGCGAAAGCGGCGGCGGGAGCGACGGGGACGCCGGGCGGGGCGCUGCGAGUGGCGGCGGAGGUGGUGCGGGAGAACGGCGUGAAGGGGCUCUUCACCGGCGUCUCUGCGACCAUGAUGCGACAGAUUCUCUACAGCGCGACGCGAAUGGGCAUCUACGACAUCUUGAAGCACAAGAUGGAGGAGCAGCCGCACAUGGCGCCGGGCGGCCUGCCCAUGUACAAGAAGGUCGGCGCGGGGCUGCUCUCCGGCGCCAUUGGCGCGGCUGUUGGCAAUCCUGCUGACAUGGCAAUGGUUCGCAUGCAGGCGGACGGCCGACUACCCCUGGAGCAGAGGCGCAACUACAAGGGCGCGCUGGACGCCAUUGCGCGCAUCCGCCGGGAGGAGGGCUCUGCAGCGCUGUGGCGGGGGUGUGGUCCCACUGUCUACCGCGCCAUGGCUGUCACUGCUGGCCAGCUUGCGACAUACGAUCAAGCCAAGGAGAGUCUCAUCGCGGGAGGUUACAUGAAGGAGGGUCUUGGCGCGCACACAGUGGCAGCAUUCACAGCAGCCAUCUUCGCUUCCCUCGCCUCGAACCCCUUUGACGUGGUGAAGACUCGCCUCAUGAACAUGCGCAAGCCGGAAGGAGGCGGGCCGGCACCAUACUCGAGCCCGCUUGAUUGUGCCAUGAAGACCAUCAAGCUGGAAGGCCCGCUUGCACUGUACAAGGGCCUUAUUCCAACCAUUGUCCGGCAAGGCCCCUUCUCGCUCAUCCUCUUUGUCACGCUAGAGCAAAUGAAGAAGAUCAUGGAAGACAUAUAG